GUGCGGCCGUACCUUGUCGGGCUCGGUGUGCCUGGAUGGGCCGCCCGCUUCGUGGACGCCGUGGGCGUCCGGCUGAGCAUCCGCAGGGACGGCGGCUGGCUGGUCGCGACCGACAGGACGCUCUUCGGGGAGAACACCACCUCCAUUGAUGACUCGGCGCGCCGGAGGUGGAGAAGGAGACCCGCACGAAGCGGAAGAAGUUCAUGCUCUCGGGGUCGGAGGGCCUGGGCACGGACGGGUCCCCAGUGCUGACGGUGCGGUGCAGGCUCUUCCACUGGCGCGCCCCGAUCCUCUGCGAGCGCUACGUGCUGGUGCGGCCAGGGCUGGAGGACGUCGUCGUCGAGCGCCUCUUCCGGCGCGUCGGCGGCGCGGCUGCAGCCAGCCCGGAGGCGCCCAGGGCCGCUGCGACGGCUGGUUCCAGUUCCGGGCGCUCCGCUGCGGGAGUUGCGCUCGCUGGCGGCUCCGCGGUGGCGCUGGCGCUGGCGCUGGCCCGCUGCUGCGGGCGCGGCGCCAGUGCGUGAUGGAGCCCCUGUCGUCGCUCGAAGCGGCGGGUCUGGGGGGGCGAGCGGGUCCGGAGGCGGAGGUACC